AUGCCGCCGCAAGAGGUCGAUAGGCGCGCCGCGCGUGAGGUCAUCGACAUCCUGCACGAAAUCGCAACACUCCUUAACACCAGCCUCAGCCGCAAUCAGCUCUCCUUCUGUGUCUCGCUCAUCGACAAUGGUGUCAACCCCGAAGCUCUAGCCAAUGUCAUCAGGGAUCUCCGUGAGCAGUAUCCCGAGCCGCUGGAGCCGGAGCUCGGCGAUGAGGAAGGCGAGGCCUGA